CCCAAUGAGCUUAUAAAAAAAAAGGAGGGCUUAAUAUAUGGGAGAAUGUCUCUCCAAGUGCAUCAACAAACAAGAGAUCGUCAAGUGUUUUAGGAACAAAGCAAAGGUUUAAAAAGAAGGCAUGGCUAUGAUGCUCAACUACUUAGCAUUUCAAUCCCUUCCUUCAGUUGCUCUCCUACCUACAAGAGCUCAGAGAUCUCUCAAGCUUUCUGUGACUUCCAGCCUCUACUCCAGUUCUAAAGGGAAACCAUUGUCCUCAGGUCGCGCUAAAGAAGCUAAUAUUAACGUAGUCCAUCGCAUGUCACCAGAAAAGGUUGAAAUCUUCAAAUCAAUGGAGGAUUGGGCCAGAAGUAACAUCUUAACUCUUCUAAAACCUGUUGAGAAAUCUUGGCAACCACAAGACUUUUUGCCAAAUCCUGCCUCAGAUGGAUUCAUUGAACAAGUCAAUGAACUCAGGGAGAGAACAAAGGACAUUCCCGAUGAUUACUUUGUUGUCUUAGUGGGCGAUAUGAUCACGGAAGAAGCCCUUCCAACUUACCAAGCACUUAUCAAUAGCACAGAAACGUUUUACGAUGAAACGGGUAGUGAUAAUACACCUUGGGCAACAUGGACAAGGGGAUGGAGUGCAGAAGAAAACAGGCAUGGUGAUCUUCUCAACAAAUACCUCUACCUUUCAGGGCGAGUAGACAUGAAACAAAUCGAGAAGACAACACAAUAUUUGAUUGGGUCUGGAACGGAUUUCGGCCCCAGGGCAAGUACUCCAUGCGCUUUAACUAUCUACACAUCGUUUCAAGAAAGAGCAACAUUUGUCUCCCAUGGUAAUACAGCCAAGCUUGCCAUGAAGUACGGCGAUGAAAAGCUUGCCCAAAUAUGUGGCACAAUCGCCGCAGAUGAGAAACGCCAUGAAACUGCUUAUACCAAAAUAACUGGGAAGCUUUUCGAGCUUGAUCCAAAUGAAACCAUCAUGGCCUUUGCUAAAAUCAUGAGGAGUAAAAUAUCAAUGCCAGCUCACUUAAUGUACGACGGCCAUGACGAAAAUCUUUUUGAUCACUUUGCAAAUGUUGCCUCUCGAAUUGGGGUGUACACAGCUAGGGACUACGGAGAAAUAUUGGAACAUUUGGUGGGUUUAUGGAACGUGGAGAAGCUAACUGGACUGUCUGGUGAGGGACGAGAAGCCCAAGAUUAUGUAUGUGGAUUAGCUCAGAGAUUGAAAAAGGUAGAGGAAAGAGCUCUAACAAGGGCAAUGAAAGAACCCACUGUUUCUUUCAGAUGGAUUUAUGGAAGGGAGGUGUAGCCAUGGCAUAUGUUGGAGAAGUUGUCAAAGACAUUAAUUAAGCUCAAUUUGUUCUUAGUGUUCCUUUGUAUGCUUUUCUAGUUGUCUUUUAAGGGAAGUUUAUACUUGUAUGCAAUUAAGCCCUUUGGGAAGUUAGUUGGCCAGUAUUAUGCAUG